AUGGCGAAAUAUCUCGCCAACAAAUGUGUUGUUUGCCACAAGCUACACAAGAAACCCCUUGGUCAAAUCAUGGGGCAAAUACCAAGCCUACAAGUAGCUGCAGGAUUUCCUCCGUUUACGAACACUGCCAUAGAUAUGUUCGGUCCGUUUCACAUUAGAUUGGGUCGAAAGACACUAAAGGAAGCACAAGUCAUUACCUUCGCUUGCAUGACUACAAAAGCUCGUUAGCGACAAAAGUACGGACACGUUCUUAUUAGCAUUUUGGCGUUUUGCCAGUCUACGUGGCCAUCCAAGCACGUGUUGGUCUGAUUGUGGUACCAAUUUUGUUGGCACUCAAAGUUAUCUCGAUGAAGUUAUGCGGAAUUGGAACAUUCCAAAAAUUCAGAGUGUUCUUUCUAACGAAUUUACCUGCAAGUUCAAGUGGCAGUGGAAUACACCGCAUGCGAGUCACCAGAACGGUGUGGUGGAAUCUCUGAUCAAAUCGGUGAGACAGGCCAUGGAUGCCACAUGUAAGAACCAAACCUUCACAGAAGAGCAAUGGCGUACAUUUCUUGCAGAAACCACUUAUCUAAUCAACAGCCGGCCUCUAUAUCCAAGUUCAGAGCGUGUUUGGGAAAGCCCGCCAAUCACACCCAACGACAUUCUCAUCGGAUCACACAACUCACCUCCACAACCGGAGUCCGAAGAAAAGAUCAAUCCUAGAGAUUUGCUAAGAAGUACAGAGGAUAGAGUGAACGCAUUCUGGAACUGCUGGAUCAAGUACUUCACACCUAACCUUUUGCCAAGGAACAAAUGGUUUCGAACGAGGGAAGAUGUCAAAGUUGGUGAUUUGGUUCUGGAACUCGACAACAAGCACAGAAGAUCUCAAUGGAAAAUGGCGGUGAUUAUCGACACCUACCCAGGAAAUGACAAUCCUGUUAGAAAAGUUCGAAUCAAGACGGAAAAUGGUGAAUACAAUAGACCCAUUCACAAGCUUUGCCUCAUCGCAACUAAAGAAGAAUUAAACAGAGAAGAGAGAUAG